AUGCAGAGACCUGGAACUUUGUGUUUCACUUCAUGGAUCACAGGAACUGGAGUUCUGUGUUUAACCUUCUUCCAGUUAGCAGACUCUGAGUCGGACUGUGAGCUUGGCGAGAGGUGUGUCGGGCAGAGCGAUGAAAACUUUAGCAGCUGGUAUGUGUGGUUCCUGAUGUUGUUUUUCCUGGCCUUGCUCCUGUCCUGCGGGAUCUGCUGCUGCCUGCAGUGCUGGCUGAAACGGCGGAGUUGCCUCCCCCACCGAAGCACCCUGGCUGUCUUUGCACUUAGCAGCUCGGAUGCCUUUUGCGCAAGUGAAGCACCUCAAUGCCCAUUCUCUGGAUCUCCAAGCCCCUGCAUGACUGCGGAGAUGUCUUCUCCUGCCCCACAGUUCAGCCUUGGGGGAACUGAGUUGCCUCCAUCCUAUGAGGAUAUUAUGAAGGAAAACAAGCUCUAG